AUGCACCAGCCGUCGUCCAAUAACCCUGCAAAGAGGGUCACCAGUUUCUUGGCCAAGUCAGUGCCCGACGACGACUCCCAAUUGCCGCAAUGGGUCGACAAGUUCAACGACGUCCUAGAUACCAAGGUGCUAUACAAACAGAGGACGAUGGCCCAGCCACGCGACGAGGCAAUAUGGCAGAUGGUACGAAAGGCCACGGACGAUGUCGCGGACAGGAUUACCGGCGAGCUCAGGGACUGGGUGCUCGAACAUUUUCCAGAGCUCUCCGAGGCUGUUAAACGUCAGGAGAAGGAGUUUGCCCUGGCGCGACGUGCAGGCGACGAUGAGGCGACGAUGCAGGCGACGAAGACAAACGAAGAAGUGAACGUGGACGAGAUGGCUGAGACAAUUGCGCAUGGCCAGGUGAGGGUCCCCUCCAAGCUUCCAGGUGCUGCGCGCUGCCAACGAGGGAACACCCAAGACCUCACGUUAGGGAGCGCGGGCGACACCGUGUCGCACAGCUCCGACACCGCUACGAAGCCGGACGAGAUCCAUUCACAAGUGGGUGGCCUCGAACGCGUCUCGAGCCCACGGCCAUUCCGUCAGGUCCCUGUAGUAUACCUAGAGGCCAUUCCCGACGAUCCCGAAGAAUCGAAAUGGCCCGUCGAUGCGCGAUGA